AUUGAAUUGAAUUCACUAAAUGAUAGAAAUACGGCUGAGAAAAAACACAAUUUCAAAGAGGAUCGAGAGGCAAAUAAUAUCGCCUUAGUUAUCAGUACACUCGCACUCUCACUUGAUGGUGCUUUAUGUUCAAAGAAACUUAGUUUUGAUACCCGUAGAUCUAACGACUUUUUGGAUAUAGAACUAGAGAAGGAAUUUGGGAAAUCAAUUGGUUCGCCCAAAAAUUGUAAAUGCAACAAAGAAUUUUGUGUCAAUUGUACGUUUUACUGCAAACGCCUCUGCCGACAACAUAAUAGUUUAACUAAUUGGAAUUGUGGAUCUAUAAAUGGCAAAGCUAUGAUCUCCCUAAACCUUCUGUGUGAUGGGAAAUUAGACUGUUUCGAUGAAAGUGACGAAGAAGGAUGCGUUUUAGGUAUUGGUUACGCAAAAUUUGAAGCACGCGAAAUGUUUAGUAAUAUUUACAACAUGCUGCAGUUGAAAGCGUCCAAGCAACGUCACCCAUAUCACAAAAAGUACCUAUACCUAAGCAAUUCAAUAAAGAAACUGCAAGAACUUACCAUGAAAGCUGUACCGAACCUAGAAACAAUAAAGAAAGUAAGAGAUAAGUGCUAUACAAUGUUGAGAACAAUAUAUACGGACACAGUAAAGCAGUCCGAUAUCAGAAAUGAUCCAGAAGAAGAAUAUUCUUUCUUAAUAUCCAUCAAUCAUAACUUAGGAACAGCACUAAAGCGUUCUCACACGGGCAAUAUUAACGUAAUGGGCAAUGGAUGCCAUUGUAGAAAUGGGAGCUGCUCUGUGUCAUUUUGCACAAAAAAAUGUGCGAAGGCAUGUGCUGUAGAACCCAAACUAACAAAAUAUCACUGCGGACAAUCUUUCGAAUCUGUAGAAGUGGAAAAAGUUUGUGAUGGAGUAAAGGAUUGCAGUGACGGGAUGGAUGAAAUUAAUUGUAAAACAGAUGAAAUAUGUCGUCGACACCACCUGGUAGUCUUACAACACAAUUUGCAAAGAAUUGGAGAUCAUUUAAAAGGAACUGCUUUAGGAGAGCUGUUGACUUCCUGGAAAUUGAAAGUAAUUUCUACUUUAAAAGUAGCAGAAAAAAAUGAGAGACCUUCCCCACAAGAAAUGAAGAUAAUUAUCGAGGAUAUAAUAAAGGACCUAGUUGUAACAUACGGCUCCGUUGAGAAAUAUAGACGGAGCAGCCCAGAUUACGCCUUGGGGGAGUUUUUAGAUAUUUCUCAAAUCAUUUUGGAAUCUAUUAAAUCAUAUUUGAUACCUCAUCAGUUGUUAGUGAGACGCGAUCGUGAAAAGAUGGCAGAUAAAUAUUACGGUUGGGGUGGUAUGCCGCCGCCACACGGCUACCCUUCUGGACCGCCUGGAUCUGGCGCCCCCGGUCACCCUCCCCAAACUUAUCCCUAUGGCCCAGGAGUCGUAUUCUACCCAGUCCAUCCAGCAUACUUCUACCCGCCACAUCCCCACCCUCCAUACCCCCCACCCCCUGACACGGUCCAAGUAGUUGAAUCCCCACCAGAAGAGCCUGAAUUACCCGGAGAGACAGUCGAGUUACCUUGGAGCACAUACCGUUGGGUCCCAGCAUGUUUAAGCCAAAGGAGUAUCCCCAUGGGAGCUCUACGCGUAGGCACGGACGCGGACGGCGAUGAGAUCUACGCAGGCAGAGCUCAUCACGAAGGCGAUAUCCUCCCAGCGAAAGUUAUUCCUACCAAGAAUGCGUGCUACAUCCCCUAUGGUGGUGAAGAAGUCCUAAAGGACCAGUUCGAGGUGCUGGUGCCAGCAAUGUUCUCUUGGCAGUUCUCCACCGGCGGCAACGUACCCCCGGGUGCAGUUGAGGCCGGUAUGACCGCUGAUGGCGAGAAACUCUACUUCGGAAGAGUUACACACGAUGGCUGCACUACUCCAGGAAAGAUUCACCAGAGCCACGGUGUUUGCUACUACCCGUUCGACGGCGAAGAGAGGAGCUCCGCCGAAUACGAGUGCCUCGUCCUUUUCUAAAGCCAUAAGUGUAACAAAGAUAGUUUGAGUGUCAUAUCAGGGAUAAUUUAUUAUAAGCAAAGAAAGAGAGGAUUCUUCAAUUAAGUAUUUUGUACCAAAUAAUUACUUAUCGCAUUUCCACAAGAAAUAGUAAAUAAUCUAAAUAAUACAUAUAAAAACUCCAGUAUUUUUUCUUGUCAAUUAUAAAGCAUCGUUUAAACAUGUUUUAGAUUAAGUCAGUUUAUAAUUAAAUAACAAACCAUGUAAUUUAAGCAAAUGAAAAAAUAGUUAAAGUGCCAUCAAAAGGCACUUCAAUAAUAGUCUUGAAAUAUAUUUUGCAUACAUUUGUA